AUGGCUUACGAAAAAUCGGUCAUUAACAUCAACAUUAACUUUGAGAGUGACGAGCAGUUCAUUCCUCAUCUACCGAAGCCGUUUCUGGUGAGAAAAGAUCGCGGUAAAGGUAAACUUGGUACAAUUCAACCAAGUCACGAAGCACAAAGGACUGCAAUUGAAAUACAUAAAAGAGUCAUGGAAGUUCAAAGAUUUCGCCGUGACAGUCAAAGUGCUUUGGAAGCUCCUCUGUUAGUUACGGCUCUUAUAAAGAAAACUCACCAACGGCUCGACACCAUUCAGGUCAGUACUAGCUAAAUUCUUCACCGAAUUAACUGACUGACUUAAAAUUUACAACUUCAUUAACCGGGAUGUACUAGCCAAACGCGCCGAGUUGAGAGUCCUACAUCUUAUCAUGCACCAAAAACUUUGAUCAGUCGUCGUACUUGUUAUUUUUAUGGCGGAGUGAAUGAAAGGGAGGCAAAAGAAAAGGUCACAAAUAUUAAAAGUUCGUUUUAACUUUGUCAACUGACAGAAACUCAUGCGAGUAAUUUAUACGACGAUGCAAAUCUACAAGACAGAGCAACAACUGCCUGCCCUUACGAUUGCUUGAAAGUAUCAAAAACCACUCCUCUAAAAAGUGUUCUAAAAUGAACCAAAUAGCGUCAGAAUGUGUUUUAGAGAUCCUCCUUCGGCCCACUAUAAUACUCGUCCAAUCACUGCUGACACUGGCCCCCCUUACUUCAAAAUUCUUUCCUAUGUGCCUGCUGUAUAGAAAUUUCUGGUCGCUUAUAGAUGCUAUUGUAGUGUCCCUGAUAUGCAUGGGUGCGCCUCUCUUUCAAGGGUGGGGCGGGGGGGAGGGCACCUAAAUUCAAGGAAAACCAUCUUUGUCCCCUACUCAGUGAGAGUAUGUGCGUUUUAGGUAGGAGAGGCAGGUAGUUUUAAUGGAAUAUAAUGAUAUUCAGCUAAACACUGCUUUUAACCUAGCCGAAUUGAGCCUCGAAAAACAAUUAUUGAUGUAAAAGUCAUUUUUUAAUAUAAAAUCAAAAAAGUCUCAUGGCAAUUCUGUGAAUUUUUAGGAGAAAAGUCAGUUACAUCUUACGGUAAGUUUGCCAGAUUUUCUAUGUUUAUAAAAUGAAGCCAAAUAAAGUAGAAAACUGAUAAUUAGUGGUUUUGUUUAAAUGCAUACUUCUCUGCGGUUUUUGAUGGAAUACACCGUUAACAUGAUUUACAUUCUUAAAACAAAUCGUAUUCUUAAAUAGCUCCUCCAUCAAACAGCACAAUUAAGUCAACGGGAGGAAAACAGACCGUAAAUGACUUAUUGUUAAAUAAGGCUUCGUGAUCAUCUGCUGUUGCGGUUUACAACAGAGAUUAGCCGUGUGGGCGUUUUAUAAUAUUUGUUAAUACUUGCGGAUAAGUUGAAAGACCACCUAAGUCGUGUUAAUUUGCCGUAUUUAAAACAGCGAUUGAACAGUUUGCAUAAUUAAAAUCACAGUUUCCGUGAAGCAAAACAAACCGACACGAAAUUGGCACAAAGCAUAUUCACCUGCGCAAAUAUUCUUCGAUAAAUGUUCCUAGGUCAGAAUAUUUACCGACACUCAGCUCAGUUUAGUAGGUCAAUGCAAAGGUUUUUUUGAGAAAACUUGUUUCUGAACAUGUUUUAGUCCCGAAGCGUCUUCUAACAUGACGAAAACGGUAAGACAGUUUUAACUCAAUUACCUCUAUAACAAUGUCUAAUGUUGCUCAUCGGAGAGAAUUUUUUGUAAACGAAACAGGAAGUUUUUAUGAAACUUUCGCCGAUAACAACCGUCUCAGAGAAAUCUAUUUUCAAAUCCUACAACUGAUAGGUCUUUUUUCUCUCUUGUUUCGUAGCCAUUGGAGAAAUUCAUCUGGGCAGCACGGGUGGUUCAUGUUUUAGUUUCGUCUUGCAUGAGAUGGAGAAGGUAAAAUAGUUUCUGUUAGAGUCAUCGACUGACUAGAAAUCCUACUAGACGAAAUCAUUUAAUAUGUUCAUCUAUAUUUUUUUUGUAAAGACGUUAUUGUAAUAUCUAACACUUAGUUACGGUAAAUUCUGGAUUCAUCCCUAAGUUUGUUGUUUUAUUUCACAUUUUUCGGGGAUAUUGAUAAUAACUGAUUGUUUUCAAUGCCAAUAUCUUUUAUGCACUCCACAAGUGCAAUAGAAGUGACCUUUCAGAUUUGUGUAAAUCAAAUGUCGAGAGAAAAUAAAUACUGAUUCGUUCUAUGCCAUUUACACCUUUUCCUUAACUGACAAAAAGUAAACAUUUUCAUUUCGCUAUAGUUAAGUUGAAAAUUGAUUUUCAUUGUUAAAUAAAUUUCGCACUAAAAUGAUCGAGGUUUUAUGAACGAGCUUGUGAGUCAAGAAAGUUAUACCGCAUUUAGUACAGUAGGAAUGGGCGAGAAAAAAACAGCUCAGUGAGACUUGAAACUGUCAAUUUUGAUUUCCUUCAGAGAUAACUAUUAUACACCAGUGUGAGUGGAUAUUAUUCUUCAAAAACAAUUAAGCCUAAGUUCUAUUGUGUAAAAGUGAGACAUUCGGUUUCAUUUCAGCCUCUAACUUUGAUCUGAGAAGAUAAGCCAAUCUCAGGAAGCGAAGCAGAAGUCUCAAAAAUCUUCAUAAUGGAAUUAAGAUUUUAAAGAUCUGACGUUUUGAAACCAAUGAAUAUAAUUUUCGUUUGAAUCUGGUACAGUAAAAAAAGACUCUUUUCUUAUUUAUGCAAAGAUACAAGAAACCAGAUGGAAGUACCAAAAGUAGACAAGAUUCAGCUGACUCAGGAGCAAGAAAAGGAAGUCAGAAAAACUCUGGAAUUGGUUUUGAUACAAGAGCAUUCAAAGGGAAAAGUAAGGUACGUAUUCAAUGACGACACUGAAAUAACAACACAUGUAACAAUCGCCGCACAUCGAGACAUCAAUUUAAACAGAGCGAUUAAACAUUUGUGCAUGUGCGUACGUUGUAAUAGCACGCAAGAUGGCGUGCUUUCGGGCUGUCAGAAUCAAAUUGUCGCACAAGGUCUAUAAACCGCACCAGCCGGUAAGUCACGGUGUUUUAAAACCGUCUAGAUUUUUUGAUGAAACGCAAAACAAAAUGGCGAAUCAAAAAGAUGAGCUUUGUGUCUGCAACGUUAUGCGGAGUUUUCCUUUUCCUUACUAAUUUUUCCUCGCGUAUUUUGCCUGACGGCAUUUUGUAUUUCAAUUUUCCUUCGAGAUUUUGCGUAGGAAAUUGACACGCAACGUUUGAUCGCUGCGCUAAACUUUACGGGACAAAUGUGAGAUUAAGAUGGCUAAACAAUGAGCCAUAAAGCAUCCCUUUUUGAUAAUUUGUUCGUUGCACCAAUUCCCUUUAAUUUUUUUCGCCAAGUUCUCGCGCCCUCACGUCAGUUUGUUCCUUCGAAAACCUCUGAGACAAAUGUUCAUAAAAUAAACGUCUGCCUUGAUAACAACCAAAUGCUACCAUUUUUCUUGCGGGGGAUCUCCCCUGAACUGAGAUUUACGGUAAUUUUUAACUGCCACUUUCAUAUUUCUUAGAUCUCCGAUGAACUCCGUCAGAUUUUAACAUCCAUACCUCGAGUGCGAACAAAUGAAGGGCUUAAGAAGGUACUUGACGACUUGUGGGUUUGUCUGUGACCUGAUAUCAGGUUAAUUUUUAUUAAUUUAAUUUAAAACUGUCUUCUUCUCAACUUGUAAUACCUCAUCUCCUCUUUAGAUCCAGAGACUUUGUCGGAGUACGCGUGCGUUCAUGAUAUUUCCGCUGGAGAGAGAAAGUGAUCUGUCCCGCCUCGUUGGAUAUGAACGGUGAGUUUUCUAGGAGGAAACCAAUGGUCACGCUAUUCGUAGAACCUGACUGCAUCUCCACACAGGAAUUAGUUAUUGAAAGGAAAUGUAUUUCGAUCUUUUUUUUUUUUUCUCAUUCGUUUAGCUUUCCCCUAGUUCAACUUUUGCAAGAAACUAUCAAAAAUGUUUUGAUCUUGCAAUGAGAGUUCGAUUCAUAAAAAACAAUAAUACAAAAACACGAGGUUUACCUGUUCGGCUAAUAUUUUAUGGAAACGUUUCCCCAGUGAUUCUCAAUUUAUCCUUCACUCAACUAUCCUGGAAAUCGUCCAAUAUUUUGGAACCAGAGGUAUAGCCUUUGUAAUUCCAGUAGUUGUUCUGAACGCCACAAUAAUUUUUAGCUGCAUUGUGAUCUAAUACCAUUUCCCUCUUUCUUUUUAUUUUCUUUCCAUCGUCAUUUCAGAUAUGACAAUGGUCGAGUACUUGCCUGUCAGGGGAGAAUACCGGAGAGAUUUUAUUACGUCCUCUCAGGGAGAGGUAUGGGCUGUUUCUCUCAGAGAAGACUUUCUAUAUCGAUUCUGUUCGAUUUGAAAUCUGCAUUCAUAUGUAAAGUCCGUCACUAGCUAUCGACAAUGUAAUAGCACGAGAUCUUCAGACCAAGAACUGACCAUAGUGAAGCAAAAUCACCACGAUCCGCAUUUCCCUCCACGUACACUUGAUAACCGCUCUAAGCAAAUGUUUUAUUAGACACAUUCACCAGUACCCAUCACGCCUUGAUAGCUCGCGUUCUUGCGCUUUGGGUAACUUGCUUGUUUUGGCUUUGAGGUCUCAUCGGCUCUUUGUAAUACUCCCCUCAGUUCAUUGUGGUUGCUCGUCUCAUCUCAAUAUCUCAAAAUCAAUUAACUCUAUGUUGGUAACUCUAAAUAUCAUUUUUUCAUUAUCUAGUUAGUAAAGUUUGUGUUUAUGAUCUGGCUGCUGGUGUUACAAAGAUGUCUUUCGGGGAGCUGAUGCAAGGAAAUACAACCGAUGUAAGUUUGUCAAAACUGUUAUAGACCGUAUACGUAGGUAGGUAUACAUACUGACAAUUUUAUUAACAGCGUGGGCCAGCCUCGCGCUCAGUUGAGACGAGCGAAAAUAGGCGGGGCUAUCCAUGUUUUUUUUUAAUCGCUCGCUCUGUUUUUGCUCGUCCUCGCAAACUGAGGGUCUGGAACGGAGCUUUCAGUUCUUGGAAGAAUAGAGUGAGAAAACGCAAGUAUUCUAUAUCCUUUAUAAUUCUUGACCCUUUUGUGUUUAUGUUUUUUUUUUUCUGGCCAAAAUAUUUGAAGCAGCUUAAAACUAAUUAGGAUUAUGUAAAAAAAGAUUUAAAAAAACGCCGAAAGCCCGACUUUGUAACGUUUGAAAUUGGUCAGAAUUACUGCAGCGGAAGGAAAUUAAAUGUGUGAACUAGUAUGUUAAUUUUCCGUCUUUCUCUAAGCCUGUGGAACUGAUGAACGGUACAGAAAGAGAACAUUCUCUGAUAUGCAAAGGACCUGUUGAAGUUCUCGUGUUAGACAAAGAGGUAAGGUACCAAAACGAAAGCUUAAUUAUUUUCAAAUCAGAGAGACAUUUUUAUUUCUGUUGAACUCGAAAAGAAUAGUAUGAUGGACUAAAAUGAUUAAGGGAAAAAGGUACUUUGUUUCGACGAGCUUGAACUUGGCUCAACAAACAGAAGCCCAUGUUAUAGCGCACGUACACAAUAUAAAGUAAAAGUGGUUUUACUGCUUUAAAGUCCUUUGUUUGAUUCUAUUUCGCAAAUUACAAAAAUCCCUUCGCUUCCUUUGUGAAAAUUCUGCCGACGGGUAAAUGAAAUAAACAGUCUUAGUCAUAAAAGGAUAACAAAGUGACAGCUCUUUUCAGUGGAGAAAAUGAAUCUGUGAUAACAAACGAGAAACAAGAGGAUUAUUGGGGCUUUUGUUUUGGGAAAGGAAUAAUAGUUGAUAAGUUUUUAAUUAUACACCUCUUCCGUUCCUUUUCACUCAGAGGUCACGUUUUGAAGUAAAAGAAUUUCGUAAUAAUUUAUUUGGGUAUGGAAACGCAAAAGACAGGACUGUGAGUUUUUCCGCGUUUCGUUCCUUGAUUACAGCUAUAAUGGGCUUGUUUGUUCAUGUGUAAACGUUACGGGUAAUUAGUCGUUCGAACAACAAACACUUGAUUAGGCUUUGAGCGAAUCAUUCAUUAUAAUAAUGUUUGAGCGCAGGACUCCAUAACUACGAGGAAAACGAAUAUCAGUGAAUGACAAUAUCAGUGAGACUCUCCGCUUGGUAAACAAAACUGUUCUCAGCGUCUUUACUGGCGGGCUGUUGAUAAAAAAAAGUGUCGUUUGUGGCGAGAGUUAUAAUUGAAAUAUUGUUGCAGGAUUUCAUGGAACUGAUGAAUACAAGCCCGGACAGCGGACUGCCGAUUGAAACAUUGAGGUAAUGUUGACUUACGAGGAACUUGCCAAAAGUCAGUCAUCUCAAUAAAUUUGAACGCACAUUUUGAAACAAUAAGUGAUCACGCACGCUCUAAAACUGUGACAAAUAUUCGGGUAAAAGGCAAACUUUGAAUAAAACGAACAAUUCAUUUUGCAUAAUUAAUCUCAGAGUUGUUGGACUUUGCGGAAGAAUAUUUCAUUUCUAGAAUCAUGAGUUCCUUGAAUCGAUUAUGAAUUGUUAAGUUUCUAAAUAUCACACCCGCGAGUGAAACUCUUUCAAAAGCAAAUGGAAACUUUAGCUCUGAAAUCAUGAUUUUAACGAAGUAACUGAAAGAGCUUAUGAAUUUGCUAAGUAUUUAUCCUUGUCUAUUAACGAUUAGUGAAAGCCGGAAACUUUUUCCUUAUAUAGUAAGGUUCCGAGGCAAUUCACUGCAUUCAUCAAAAUCAGUUCCACCAGAAAAAGCAGUAAAUGGACCAGGUGCAAAAGCUGAGCCUGCCACGAGUCCCCCUAGAGCUCAGUGGUAGAGUAUUUAAAGCACUAAUCGGAAGGUCGUUGGUUCGAUCCCCAUCUAGUGGGACCACUCGGAGUUCUUUUUCUCCGAGUAUGCCGGUGUAACUCACUGAAUAGCAUCUUCUCUCUGAUCUUGUGUCUUUGAAGAAGUGUCAAUUCAGUAAUAACAUUAGAGAAAGUGCAAUUAUGCAAUUCUAUUAAACUGUCGGACGCAGACUCGACGACGUUCCGACCUUAAUCGCGUUCAAGAAGCGAAGAAAAUAUGCCCUUUUUUUACAUAGCAAACUGUUAAGAAAACAAGAAUUAAGCCAUUUAUAGGCAAUUUAUUUCUAUUUUUCUUCCAAUUAAGGUCAAUCGAACUCUUUCGAAACUUUCCGCUGGAAAAGUUUCUAGACGACAAAGACGCCAUUAUGACCAAAUACUUUGCGUAUGUAUUCGUUGCAUUCGUUUUUAUGACACGUAGUGAUGAUGACUAAAAUCUAAAUUUUCCUCAGCUGUUGAUCAUUCUUUCAUAAGAACAGCUGAAUACAUUGAAUAAAUAAUUAAAUCUUCGUGAAUUACUUAUUUUUCUAGCUACUUACCUGUAAAUUUGACUUAUUUCCUUUAGUAAAGAAGCAGUGAUUGUUAAAGACAGUAGUGAUACACCAUUCUUCUACAUCGUGAAAUCAGUAAGAACAGUUAUCAUUCUUAUGAUUAAAGUAAGUCAGAUAUCUCAAUCUGCUCGCACCAAGUUUGUUGCCUUGCUUCUGGGGCUUACACCAACAUUAAGACAUUCUUUCCCUGUGAAAGGUAAAGAGCUCAAACGGAAUAGAGUUUUUUUUUUCUUCUUUUAUUCCCUUCAAAGAUAUUACAGCCAUCUCUCUCUCUUCUCUCCAUCCUUUCCCAUAUCCUAAUCUCUCCCGACCACCGACCCAAUUUUUACUAUUUCCCUCUUCCCUAGGCCGUCCCUCCUUCCCCCCUUCCCCCCCCCUUCCCCCCUUCCCCUCCCUCCCCGUACAAAUAAUGUUCAGUCGUUCCUUUCUUACCACUUGACAUGUUGCGUGUUUCUCACAGGGGAGGUGUAAGGUUGUUAGAAAGCAGGAAGUGUUAGAUAUGAGCAAGACAACAAAGCUUCCCAGCAUUACCACAGUGACGAGGAAAUCUCCACGUAAGUUACAUCGAUUUAAAUCUCUUUGAUAAUGAUAUUGUGCCUUUGUAUUUCCUUAGUUUCGUGAGAAAUAAAACUUCUGAAAUUGCAUCAAAUACCAAAAUUAAAGGACUAUCUGCAAUCCUUUGGUCCUGUGGGACAAAGAAAGGCAUUUUGUUCCAAAAUCAGUUCCAUUUCCUAUAGGUGAACUCUCAUUUGUCAAGUGUACAACUUCUUUAUCAAAUGAAAUGUUUAGAUUUCCUUCUCGGAGUUUCCUUGAAAAUAACUCCUUAUAAAACUUUUCUCCUUAGGGUCAACUCCUGGUAAAAACCCCACAAGUCUGUUAGAGGUGAGACAAUAUGUGUUCCUCAUUGAUAUGUCUUCAUUAGGGUAAAGAAAGUCCCUGUAUCUGAUUACGUUUCAUUCUUUUCCGGCAGCUAACGGAAACAUUUUCAAAGAAAAACAAGUCGCGAUUGGAUAAAAUAACGAUGAAAACCUCAGGUAUGUUCGAGACAAUGUUUUUAUGAAGGGUUAUUAGAAUGGAGGCAAAGAAAACGAGGCUUUUCUUCAGAAAAAGAACGUUUCCCUUUUUUCGACCUCUCGUCUCCGGUUGAAACCCUUCCCCUUCUAAUUAUAUUUACCAACUACUGACCACAUUGGUCGGCACCCCCACCCCCUUCGGGUGGAGUUGGUUAGUUAGACUGCCGCCUUCCAAUCAAAGUGCAUGUAAUUUCCACUUCAAGGCGCAAAAGUCCUUCUAUAUCGACAGAGAACAUACCACAAGUUGCUCGAUGAAGAUUUUAUAUUGACCCAUUGGUAAUAUUGUUCUUGCAGUGUGUUCUAUGAACCCAAAUAUAAAAAUUACAGGCGACUCGGGAAUUAUGUUUGCUGAAAAGAACGAUGGUGAGCAUCCCACUUCAAGACAACUUGAAAAGGUAAAUGUUUUUGGUAAAUUACCCUCCUUCUUAACAAAGUUAUACCAAACUUCUCCUACUUUCUUACAAAGUUUCUCAUACAGUGUCAUUUUUGAUUCCCUACUACCAGUUGGAAUAAGUUUUCAUUUUUUUACUUUUUUUUUGCCAGACUGAUAUUUUAUGAUCUUCUUCUCGUUGAGUCUGACUUUGUUUUUCGCAACGAUAGAAUCGCAAAAUUAAAAGAAACGUAGCGCUUCAUGAUAUUAUCUUGCAAAUCCGUGUUUACGCGCAUUCUUCUUUUGUUUUACCGCAGGACCCGAUUUUUGAUUCAUGUGGCAUGACAUGUCCUAAGAAGCCAGACAAAAUAACCAAAAAGGUGUCCGACGUUUCAGUUACCAUUCCCACGAGAACAGCGCUCCUGCAAAUCGCUGUUCUUAAACCAGGGAAUAUGUUUGUAAGUAAAUCUCAUCCCCAUUGAACGCAGAUCUUACAGCUAUGAUGAAUAAUAUUUCUGUCUAUGAAUUAAGUCAUCGAGAGAGUGUGUGUCAGUCAGACCUUGGCAUUUUAUUUGAAUGAAAUAAAUAGAAAAUGUUUUGAAAUAUUGUGCAAGUGAUUUGGGGGCUUGAAAACUUGUCAAGAGAAUUACUACGACUGAGAAUAUAUGAAAAACAUACACGCAAUCGCGAAGAAAGAAGCGCAUAUGAAAACUGAUCUUCUCAGUAAAGACUGCUUAAGCAGUAGUGAAAAUAAGGCCUGAAAAAGAUUCAGGCCUGUACGGGAUUUGAAUCCAUGACCUCUGCGAUACCGGUGCAGCGCUCUACCAACUAAGCUUACAAGCCAACUGGGAGUUGAAGGUGGAUAAUUUUAACGCUGUUCGCUCUCGAAACCAAAGGCUGGAUCAAGUGCUAUUGUACUCGUAGCGGGGGAUUAAAUUGGCAAAACGUUAUGUUAUGGAUUAGUGUUGGACACCGAAGAGUAGUUAUUCAGUAUAGAAAAUGAGAGAAAAAGUAAAACAAGUUGAGUUCCUGUGCAGACACAUAACUACAUAUCUCAAUUCUAAGCUGAUGAAAAAAGAAUAAGCUUUUCAAUUCUACUUAUCUCAUUUUCUAUAUCUUUUUUUUUAUUAUUAUCUAUUAUUAUUCAUUUGAUUAUUAUCUCGUUAUGUGUUUCAAACAGGGCCUGGAGUCCAUGAUGCCUAAAGUUGCCACCAAGAUAAGUUCAGAGGUAGGCAAAAGUAUUUCAUUAAAAUAUCUGUGAACAAUCUUGGCACAUGUACUUAUUUCACUUACACAAGAGGACUUAUAGCCUUUCCAGUCAAGAAUUAACAGUGGAUUUUAUGUUUUUAUCUCCCGUUUCCUCGAUAGACUGAUGCAGUUGAAGAAAAUCAAGAUCCCUCCACAAAAAGCCUCAUCUUGGUGAGUGGUUUCAAACUGCUCUUAAAUCAUAGAAAAAAAAUCCUCAAAACCUGCUUCUUGGCAAAGUUAUAAAUGUAAAUUCUGUCCUUUCUGCCCCCGUUAUCGUUGCCAACCAACGAAACAUUAAUAAAUGGCUUGAUCAUCUUCAUCUUAGAUCAGUGAAGGAGCUGAGUGUAUCAUGAUCAACAAGAGGUUCUUCUUAAUGAACGCCAGCAUCACCACUCUCGUUCAGCUAAAAGCUUUGGUAUGUGAUUCUCUAUAUUUGUAUUCAAGGGCGUGGCAACUGUAUGAUGAGAACAUUUCUUCUUGCCAAGAAAAAGUUAAUGGUGUCCAUCAUUUUCUGACAAUGAAUGAUUUAAAAAGUACACAAAUUAUUGGGGUAAAGUUAUAAUGAUCUGUUACACUUUCAUCCUUAGCGAGAAGAUUAUAUGACUGUACCUGAUGCUCGACACCGGAUCCAAUGCUUAGAAAGUUGGGAUUUGUACAAAGGAGAACUAAUAAGAACACUGACGACAAGAGCGGAAAAACAAGCGCGAAGAUAGCCGUGAAUAUUUUUAAUGAUUCAGUUCUUAGUAUGACUCAGCAUACGUACCUGCAUACAUCCGCUGGCUUGGAACAAGCGUUCAGGAUUAUUGACUGUCUCUAAGAGAUGGAUUCUAUUUCCUGCUCUCCCACGGAAACUUUAUGUUGGGGUAAAUUUAAAGUAUAUUCUGGAAAAAUCCUCGGAGACUGCCAGACGAGAAUAACUUAAAUUGGCCACUUCCGUUUUCUGACAACCCAGAUAUCCACUUUCUUUCCAGGGUUUCUCUCCUGUUAGAGGAAAAGAUACUCUGGUGACGAGAUCGUCUACCAAUGAUAAGAAAAUUAAUAUAUUUGUCUCUUUUGAUAAAUCAAAGAAUUGUCCCGAAAGUAGGGAAAUUAUUUAUGGGAUGUAAAUGUGAAUACUAAGAAAACAAGAGUGAAUAAUGAGUGACAUUUUGAAAAAGAAAACAAACCACAUUCUUUCAUGAGGGUCUCAAAGGGGUGAGGGCUUUUGUGGCUAACGGUUCAAAUUUGGCAAAUUUAUCUCAAGGAUUAAUAUCUUUCCACUGUGGUCCCCAGAAAAAAUUUUACGGCUUACUUUUUUAUUACGACAAACGCUUAAAUUUUUGGUCUUUUAACGGCUAAGGGUUAACCCCUUUAAGACUCUCUUUCAAGGAGAACACAUACGGAUAAAAUAUCCAAAAUCACCCUCUCUAAAUUAUUCACCCCACCCCUCCCUGUCAACAUAUAACACAUACUGGUAAAUAUCCAAAAUCACCCUCUCUAAAUUAUUCACCCCACCCGCUCCCUGUCAACAUACACACAAAACACUGUUGCGGUCCUACGUGGUUACACAUAACUUGCACGAACAAAUCUUGAGGAACAUAUGUCGCCAAAUUAGAGUCGUGGUAGGAUUUUUGUGUUAACAUAAAAUUUACAUUGUUCAAUUCAAUUGAAAGUUCAAUUGCACCAUUGUGAAGGAUACUUCUCUCUUUCUCUUGGUUUUCUAGUUGUUAAAUUAUUGACAGUGUAUAUGAACUUCUCCAGUAUCAGCAAAUCGAAAUGGGUGUAAACAGACUGAACAAAAUAACAGAUAAUUUUAUUAUGAUUCAUAAUUUUUUUCAGAGU